UCUGCAUGCCGACCUGUUGUCGAAAGCCUGGUAAAUGAUACGGGCAAUAAAACCCGCUGGCACAGCCUGAUUUACGGCUUUUGUCCUUGGGUUAGCUUAAGGAACAUCGAGCUGUGAAAUGUUUAUGGGUUUAAUUAAAUGGCACAAUAAAAACAUAUUAUAUACCUAUUUGAAAGAAACGUAGUACAUAUAAGUACAGUUAAGUAUAGGUUUAAGUGGACUAGUUAGAUCAUUUAACCAACGGUCUGUAGCCGAUUUCUACCAAUAGAAGUGGAUCGUCUCUGCGCAGCGGAUCUUUUUCUCAAAAGAUAAACUUAGAUCAUCAGUUUUUUGACAGUGCGCUUCGUUAUUGCCAAACCUCAUCGGAAUUAUUGUGAAUCCGUACAGUGCUCAUUGCUAAAGACUUUCCUGGGUAUUACGUUGUUAAACCAGCACAUAUCCAGGAGACAUACCAGUGCUGCCAGCAGUAGAGUGCGAUGGAGCCUAACCCGAAGCUAUUGAAGCGACGGCCCUCCAACCUCAAGGAAUGGCAGGAGGGGCUCGAGGAGCUUCUGGCAUCUGGGAUGGAGGACUUCGAGGAGAAACUGUUCUCGUUCCUGUGCGACCACAACCACCUCGUCUCCAUAGACAGGUUUAAGAACCUUUUGGAUGAGACGGGCCUGCGGGAGAUGGACUUCCGGCUGCGCGAGACGAUGCGCAAGUUCCGGGCGGUUCUGGAGCGGCAGCUGACGGACGAGCACGAGCUUCGUGGCCUUGUUGACAAAGAUACAUUCAUCGACUGCGUAUCUGACAACAUCGUGGUGAUCUCAAAGGCGCUCACGAGCCAAUUCGUCAUCCCGGAGUUCAAGACUUUCACCGACAUCAUCGACACCAUCUAUGAAACGUGCAAGGAUAACGACAGCGGACUGCCCGCUCAGUACAUCCCCCAGCUGGCCCGGGUCGACCCCUCACACUGGGGCGUGUCCAUCUGCACCAUCGACGGACAGAGGUACGACCUUGGAGAGACGAGCACGCCUUUCUGUAUGCAGUCGGUGGUCAAACCUCUUAACUACGCACUCACGCUCAACGACCUGUCCUCGGAAGUCGUCCACCAGUACGUGGGCCAGGAACCCAGCGGUCGCUCAUUCAAUGAGCUCACUCUCGACUACCAACAUAAACCGCAUAACCCGAUGAUCAACGCCGGAGCGAUAGUGACGGCCGGGCUCCUCAAGAAAGGCUUGGUGAUCGCUGACCGUUUUGACUAUCCCCCAAAAGAGGGUGAGCCCGAUAUGCGAUAUACAAAACAGGCGAUGGACCAGUUCAAGCGGCUGAGCGGCCAGGAACACAUCGCCUUCAACAACUCAGUGUAUCUGUCGGAGCGAGCCACAGCGGACAGAAACUUCGCUCUUGGCUACUACAUGAGGGAGAACAAGUGCUUCCCUCCUGAGGCGGACCUCGUGGAGACACUCGAGUUCUACUUCCAGCUGUGUUCAGUUGAGAUAACGGCCGAGUCCGGGGCGGUCAUUGCGGCCACGCUGGCUAACGGCGGCAUCUGCCCGACCACAGGGGAUCGUGUGCUCGAUUCUGACGCCGUACGGAACACACUGUCGCUCAUGCACUCCUGUGGCAUGUACGACUACUCCGGACAGUUCGCCUUUAAGGUUGGUCUGCCGGCGAAGUCUGGCGUGGCCGGGGGUGUUAUGUUGGUUGUGCCCAACCUGAUGGGAAUCUUCACUUGGUCUCCGCCUCUCGACCAGUGGGGGAACAGCUCCCGGGGCGUGCAGUUCUGUGAGGAGCUGGUUGGUAACUUCAACUUUCACAACUACGACAACCUGCGCCACACGAGCCGGAAGUACGAUCCCAGGGGCCGCGCCGUAGAGUCUAAGGCCCAGGAUGUCGUCAACCUGCUUUUCAGCGCCUACAACGGUGACGUCACCGCAAUGCGAAGGUACGCAUUGCUGGGCAUGGACAUGUCACUGGCUGACUAUGACGGGCGGACAGCGCUCCAUCUGGCAUCUGCCGAGGGGCACGAGCCAAUUGUACGCUUCCUGCUCGAGAAAUGUAAUGUUAGUUCCUACCUCAGAGACAGAUGGGGGUUCACGCCCUACCAUGACGCGAAGCGGUUCAAACACGAUGCGGUUUCCGAAGUCCUCUUGGAGCACAUGAAGACAACGGCUCCCAAAGACGCCCCAUUCAGUAUCCAGGACAUCGACAAGGGUCUACACAAUAUGCACCUGUAAGCGGUUCAAGACUUUCAAUUUCCGGUUAGCGAGGAUCAUCAUUUCUGACGGAAUCUACACACGCGUGCAAGGGAGGUUGUGGCAUGGACGUUGGGAAUCUCAUACCUACAUAUAAUUAUAUUAUUACAUUUUAUUGGGGUAACAUUAAAUGAGAAACUGCUUUUGAUAAUCUGUAGGGCCAAAAUAUGGUGUAACUAAAGAGUAAGCAAAUGCUUAGCUAAUACAGUUGUUCUUGUAUAACGUAUGAUUACUGUAUGUAUUAUAAUACAUUGCAUUGCUGUUGUUAUAACUUUUCAAUGACAAUGGACACUGUGUGUUGUUGGUGUAAAGGAUGGUCAAAUCUGUUCGACAUGAAGCAAAGACUACGUUCUUUUCACAGCGCUAUUCCCAAAGCAGCUAAACUUACCAAAGAUGUUAUAUGUAGCGAUUGAUAUAAUGUUGACAUACUCAUUAUAAAUAUGUAUAUGUUAAGGUUAUGAGUACACCUGUGUGGCACCAUCUAAUCACUUGUUGUGUUCCUUGUUAGAGCUCCAUGUUUGUUUUUGUACCUGUUAUAAAUUUGUAUAUUCGUUUGCUGUUUAACAUAUGUACUACAAGUUAUGUCAAACUAUACACAAUAUAUCUUAUAUUUUAUAAAUAAAU